AUGCUGCCAGUCGUAAUACCAGUAUGGUGCUGGGGCGAGUCGUGGAGCCACGCGCACCACGUGCACCUGCUGACCGCCCUCCUCGGCUUGCACGUCAUCUUCAGCGUCAACAGCCUGGCGCACGCCGGCGACCGCAAGCCCUACGACACCACCUACACGCCCGUCGAGAACACCUUCCUGUACAUGCUCCUCUUUGGAGAGGGACAUCACAACUAUCACCACGCUUUCCCAUCCGAUUAUCGAAAUUCUGAGUUUGGAUUUAAUUAUUUUAAUUAUUCGACUGCUUUAAUCGAGUUGUUCGCGAAGGUUGGUUGGGCGUACGACUUAAGACCGGCGAGUCCCGACAUUAUCGCCAAGAGAGCGCACAGGACCGGGGAUGGAUCUCGCACGUGCCAGUGA